AUGCCUCAGGCAGAUCUCCUAGGGGGCAGCUUUUUGCGUCCCCUCGCCGAGCAGCUCCUGCUGCGGCAGCAGCAGCUGCUCCAGGAGGAAGAAUCGGAAAGACGGGGAGGCGUUCAGACGGCAGAAAGUCUGAGAGAGCUUGUGCUGAGAGAUGAGCGGCUCAGGCUGCAGCAGCAGCAGCAUCAGUACCAACCACUCCGGCAGCAGCAGCAAAAAGACGCCUCUCCACGAGCGACAGUGCGAUGGAAGUCUGCGGAUAGCGCCUCAAACCUGGGAAAGAACGUCACCCCUUCCCCAAUUGUAGCGACACCUACCUCCACAACACCUGCAGAUCCUUCUGCUGCUGCAGACGCAGGAAGCCUCUUGCAAUCGCAUGUAGGGAGGCAGUACUUUCCGCUCGAUAGCGCUUCGCCGCGAUCUCUUUCUGCACGGAGAGCUGUCGCCUCCAGGGGGGAAUCGACAGGCGCAGUCGCUGCUGGUGGUCUUACUUCGGAUGCAUCCCAGACAACAACAACAGCAGCAGCAGCAGCAGAAGCAGCGAUUUCGGAGGGAAACAAUGCAGCUGCGUCUUCAGAGGCAGCUGCUUUACGGCCUCCUCGACUUCGCCUGCCUCUCGGAGGGGAGAGAUCCUUCCACGACGUGUCGCUUGACAGCGACGGUUGGGCACUAUGGAAGGAGGCAAUAGGCUGGCAGCUGGGUUUGACGCCGAACAGUGCGGAGCUUGCAGAACGAAUACUCAGGAGAAAGGGCUCUCAUCCCCAGCAGCAUUCGCAGCAGCAGCAGCAGCAGCAGCAGCAGCGUCAGCGACAAGAGGUUCCUCCUGGACGUGAGGCAUUGCAGACAGCCACUUUUGUAGAGCAUCAGCAAUCGGGGAGAAGUUUGGGGGGGGGAGGGGGGGACGGCAGUAGCGAAGAGGAGAUGCGGAGAUGUGAUCUUCCAGCCUACAGGAGACAGCGUGUCGAGGAAGCUCGUCGCUUGCUCGCUGCGCUCUCUCCUUCUCGUGAUUCAGAGUCUUCUGCAGCAGCAGCAUCAGCAGCUGGAGCAGCUGCUGUUGCAGCUGCUGCGGCUGCUGUGGAUCGGCACAGAGAAAAGGCGUCGCAAUUUUUCGCGGGUGGUGUUGCCGGUGGGGUUGCUGUCUCGCUGGCCGCUGCGGCGGGGGCUGCCGCUGCGGCAGCGGCUGCUGCUGCGCUGCAUGCGAAUAGAAGAAACGCCACACGGGAAAGUGGUAAUGCAAUGGAUGGGGGGCUUCUUCAGGAGGUCGAACUGUCCUUGGCUCCACCCCUAGGGCUUCCUGUGCAGCCGCAACUCGUGGAAGUGCAAGAGCGAACGCCUCCUCCCUUGGGAGCUCCCCAUCUCAGGCGCCCUUUCGACCUCUUUAAAGAAUUCCGCCGAAGGCAGCUGGAGGCGUCCUCCAGACAAUCACGAAGGGAGGCGGAAGGUCUGUGUAUUGUAGAGGCAACAGGGAGUCUGCCGUCCCCACCGAUCACACAUAGCACCCUUGAGAGAGUUGCGCUCGAAGUGUAUCCGUUUCUGUGCGUUUUCUGCUGCUGUGCUGCUGCUGCGCUUUUCUUUCUGCCUCCACCAGAAGCUCUGCUAGGGCCCUGCCGUCUGCCAGAGGCCAUUAGAUCUCCCCAAACAGCCCGCCGAGCUGUUGUUACCGCCGCGCCAGCUGCUGCGCAUUUUUCGCCUCUGCAUGCGUCUGACACCGAAGUUUUUAUGAGGUCUCGGCGUCGCAGCCGACUGUUUGCAAGGCGGGCAGCAGCAGCUGGCGAACGCGAAGUGUCUGUUUUACCGAGUCGAGCGCAAGAGGCUGCUGCAGGAGCAGAGCCAGAAUCAAGGAGCAUAAGCAGGGCAGCUCUCCUGGAGGACGAACGGCGUUCAACUCGCGGCUUGCCGCCUCCCCCGAAGAGCCGCAGGUCCAGGCUGUAUCGACACCCCGCUCAACGCUGGGAAGCAGGAGGGGGCCCCCUCCCCUCCUUGGCCUUGCCCUUCCAGUCCUCUGGGCAUAGAGACUCCCCGCAGCAGCGGCUGCCUCAGCAGCAGGAGACAGGAGACUCCGCCGAGACGGAGGCUGCGUCUUCCGACGGCGCAGUGUCGUAUGAGGGCACCCCACAAAGUGUGCGACAGCAGCGACAGGAGCGACAGGAGCUUCGCCAUCGCACGCAUCCAGAAGAAGCAAGAAGGCGCAGGCAAAGGGGGACCCUCCCCGCUGUUUCGGAUAGCGACGAAUCUCUCGAUACAAGUGCCGUGGUGACAAGUGGGGCAGCUAAGGGGCCCCCCCCCCACUUCGAAGCGACUGCAUGCAUCCGGCGAAGCGGCGUGACUGCUGCCGCGGCGGGGGAUCCCGCCGAAGGCGCUGUUGUGUUCUUGCCGAGCGAAAGAAGGGGAAAGGCGCAAGCGGAGACAGGCGGAGACAGCCUCGAGUCUGCGGCGCAUGUCAACUUGCUCGACAACAAGCCUCAAGGCCCUCUUUCUACUGGCGUGUUGCCUCCCGGAGCGGCUACAAGUCGAUUGGAGGAUCUUGCAGCCCAAAGCGCUCCUUCUCCUGCAGCAGAAUCUCUCACGCCUCCCGAUGCAAGUCAGACGCUCGGCGUCUUCGAGGAAUGGAGAGAGGCUGACGACGAUGGGGUCCCACAGUUGGAUGCUGCAGCUGAGGAGGCGUGGCGAUCCGACGCCGAGGCGCAGACUCCUCCGCAGCAGCUGCAGCAGGGGCAGCUCGAGGAGGGGGAUCGGGAUGCAGAAGGGGAUCGCGAUCAGCAGCAGUUGAGCGCGCAGAAGGAAGCGUCUCAGCCUGCGCUCGAGGCUGCGCGGGACGAAGAGAAUCCAGCCGACACUGCGGUAUCCACAGAAGACACCGACGGGAGGGGAUAUCAGACGGGAUCAGUGACUUCGCCCGGUGGCGCAGCUCGCCGUCUAGACACUGGGGCCCUCGUGAUUCCACCGCAGCCUCCGCAUGCCUCUGAUGCAGCCGCUGCAGUGGCAGCUUCGGAGGAGGUUGGGGAGACAGUUUCAACGCCACGCGCUGGAGGGGCCCAGCAGCAGCUCGUGGAAGUCGCAGUGUCUCCUGUUCGCAGCGUGCAGAGAGGCAUCCAAACCUCGCCGGAGAGGGCGAAGCCGCGGCAGUCUCUCAGAAACACACGGGGGGCGUCAACGAGGACGCGUCGGGGAGUUCCUCCGACGCAGCUGGAUCGCAGUUCGCCUCCCCAGUUGGCUCCAACUCCCCUACGACGCUACCCCCAGAGGACGCGUCUCAAACCCCUGCUGGGCUGGAUGGGGGAGAGGAUAGACUACGACUGGCGAGGCAUGGUGGAGGUUGUGCGCUGCAGCAACAUUCUGGAUCUGUAUCUCCAAGCGAGGGACGUCGGCGCCUUGCCCGACGCUGCGCUGCACACAGCGGAUCCAGAGAAGCUGAUUCGAAGAAUGCUCAAGCAGCAGCAACUGGUCGUUGCCUCGAAGGAGGCAAAAGCAGCCCUCGCGCUCGAGGAUCAGCAACAGCAGCGCCAACACGGCCUGAAGGCUGUGGAGAAGGCGGCAGAGAGCAAGUGUUCUUGGAGGGGCAUAGGACCUGGGGACGCUAUGCAGCUCGCCGUGGUCCGUCAAGGGCGGCGUUUGGUUUCAUACGGCGGUUAUGCCGAAAUCUACAUUGCGUGUGUUCUGUUGGAUGCGCCAACUGACUGA